GUGCCCGGGUGGGCGUGGCCUGGCCGAGCGCGGCGGGCGGGCGGAGCGCAGCCCUAAGAUGGCGGCCGGGCGGCGGCGGCGGCGGCGCUGAGUGGAAAUACUUGAAAGCUUCCUUCUAAUAACAGGCCCUUUCGAUGUGGUCCUUAUUGCCUGACAUAAAGAGAAUUGCCUUUAUCACUGGCUGUCUUAAAGCUAUUGUAGUUCUGAUCUAUCAGUGUGAUUUUAUUUAUUUAUUUAUUUAUUUUUGGUUUUGCAUUUCAUUCUGUUUGACCAGUGAUCCUUGGCUAGUCAAGCUUUUAUUUUUUCUUUUAAUUUAUUGCUGUCUCUAGACAGUGUCCCAUUUUGGUUUGGUUGUGUGAAGGUGGUGCUGGUGUUUGGUUUGUAAUCUUGUAGGGCAGCGUGCAGGGAGGGUCAUAAAUCUGCAGCAGGGUUUGGUGGCUUUUUUUUUUUUUUUCCUUCUUUUUUUGUGUGUGUGUGUGUGUCUUGUUUUACUUUCAGAGCAAUAACUUAACUUUUGUCCUUGCUCUGUUGAGCAAAAGUGAGAGUUAGAUGCUGGGUGCAAACUUCUGCAAUCAGUUAUCCUUUUUAACCUUUCAUAGAUGUAGAUUCCUCAUGCAGAGGAGGCUUGGUGAAAAAUCAGUCACCUCCAAAAAGCUAAAUCGGGAGCGAUUGAAGCUUUCUCUUCUCUGAGUAAAACAACUUAAUUAUAACAGAAACAUUUGCUCCUGCAGUCACCUCCAGAAAAAGGCAGUUAAUUAAAAAUCUGUUGCUGGAUCAGCUGGGACCUCGUGUGCUCUCCAGGCUGGAUGGGGAGCAUGACAGCCUCCUGUUAUUCCUGCAGAUGCUCACGGAAGACACUGAGGCAGAGGAGCAGGAGCGCUCUGGGCAGUCCUGCCUCGGCACCCUACCAGUCUAGGUUUGAAUUGUUGCCACCUUGAGCACGCCGGGGCUGUGUUUGAAAUCUUAACAGAAAGAUGUGAUUUCACUUCCCUCCUGGCCCGUGGCAAGCAGGUGCAGGUUUAUGGAGGAGCUUCUGGAAUGUUCUAGCACCGAGCCCCCGUUAACGGCGGGGUCUGGGCAGGCCAGCCCCUAGGGGGGGACAAAAACAGCCGGGUUCCUGUGCCUAAGUUUUAGUUCUGUGGGUUUCUCCCCCUUCCCCAGAACCUUUGCUCUUGAAGAUGGUGAGUAGCCAGCCUAAGUACGAUCUAAUUCGGGAGGUUGGUCGUGGCAGUUAUGGUGUGGUGUACGAAGCGCUCGUCAGGAGGACCUGUGCCCGCGUGGCCGUGAAAAAGAUCCGGUGCCACGCUCCCGAGAACGUGGAACUGGCUCUGCGCGAGUUCUGGGCCCUUAGCAGUAUCAAGAGCCAGCACCCCAACGUCAUUCACCUGGAGGAGUGCAUCUUGCAGAAAGAUGGCAUGGUGCAGAAGAUGGCCCAUGGCUCCGGCUCCUCCCUGUAUCUGCAGCUUGUAGAAACCUCAUUAAAAGGAGAAAUAGCCUUUGACCCCAGAAGUGCUUAUUACCUGUGGUUUGUGAUGGAUUUCUGCGACGGGGGGGACAUGAAUGAGUACCUGCUGUCGCGCAAGCCCAGCCGCAGGACCAACACCAGCUUCAUGCUGCAGCUCAGCAGCGCCCUGGCCUUCCUGCACAGGAACCAGAUCAUCCACAGGGACCUCAAACCCGACAACAUCCUCAUCUGGCGGGGCAGGCCGGGCGACGCCGAGCCCACGCUGAAGGUGGCGGAUUUCGGGCUGAGCAAGGUGUGCUCGGCCUCGGGGCAGAACCCGGAGGAGCCCGUCAGCGUCAACAAGUGUUUCCUGUCCACCGCCUGCGGCAGCGACUUCUACAUGGCCCCCGAGGUGUGGGAGGGGCACUACACGGCCAAGGCCGACAUCUUCGCCCUGGGCAUCAUCAUCUGGGCCAUGCUGGAGAGGAUCACCUUCAUCGACAGCGACACCAAGAAGGAGCUGCUGGGCAGCUACGUGCGCCGGGGCGCGGCCAUCGUGCCCGUGGGCGAGGCGCUGCUGGAGAACCCCAAGCUGGAGCUGCUCAUCCCCGCCAAGAAGAAAUCCAUGAACGGCAGGAUGAAGCAGCUGAUCAGGGAGAUGCUGGCGGCCAACCCGCAGGACAGGCCUGAUGCCUUCGAGCUGGAGCUCAGGCUGGUCAACAUCGCCUUCAGGGACAGCAGCUGGGACACGUGAGGGGCUCAGCUCAUCCCCAAGGGGGUGGUUCUCACCCAGCUCUGGGGUUUUCCCCAUGGGAAUGUUGGGUUGGCCAAGGUGGGAAAUGCCAGAGUGAUCCCAGGGUGUUUCUCAGUGCACCAGCAGGGGGAUGUUGCAAAGAGCUGACACUACUUGAUCCCAGCACUCUGUCUCACACAUUCCAGUUUCCCAUGUCAGUAUUAGGAGCUCUCAUGGAAAAAAAAAAAAAAAAAAAAAAGAGAUUUGCAUGCUGGCAGUGCAGAUCUUGAGGCUUUGUAAUGUAAUCUGUGUAUAUAUUUAUGUAUAUGAGUGACUGGGAGUGUGUGGCACAUAAAUUAUUUGCUGUGGGUCUGGAUGAUUGGGGUCUGCUAGAAAUCUGGGUGAAGAAGGUGGGUGAGGAAAACCCCUCCUUCCCCAGGCCUGAAUGACUUUAUUAUUUAUUUUUGUUAUCUAAUUUCAAAGACUUGACUUUGUAAACAAAACAAAAAAAAAAAAGCAAUGCAAGGGGAUCAGCUGCUUUCAAAGUGCUAAUGUGGCUGAUCUUAGCACUUAGAGCUUAAUGAGCUCAUCACUGAGGGAGUCAAAUUAAAAAUGUGCAGUCAGGUGCUGGCAGGGCAGCUGGGUCAUUGAUCAUUUGAUUUUUGCUUUUAUUAAUCAAUUAAUCUGCCUUUCCUCAACAAGCUCUCUGCCCUGGUGUCCACAAUCCCAUAGCACCCUGAGGAUUUCUCAGAGCAGAAUUCUGCACCCUCAGUUUAUGGGAACAUGGAGGAGGGAAUGCAGCAACAGAUUCUAAAAACCCUUCAGAAUCCCUGGCUCCCAGAAAGCUCAGUGGCAGGUAUGUGAAAGUGCCAGCCUGGCUUGAUAUUUUUUUUUUUUAUUAUUACUAUUAUUAUGCCUUCUUUUAAAGAUGUGAUCUUUAUUUAAAAACAGAUGGGAGGAUGGGGAGCAAUUCUCAGCAGAGGCUGGGACAGGUUCCACUGAGGCCACCUGACACUGCAGCUCUUUGUAGCAGCACAACACUUUGUUCUUUUUGGAGGACUGACCUUUCCCAUCCAGUCUGACCUUUUGGGAAAAAAGCAGAGUCUUAAAAUUGCCUUUAAAGCUCCAGGAAAGGCCAUUUUUCUUUUAAAAAAUUCAAUUUAAAUUUUCCCCGCUUUCAAAUCUUACCUGAAAAUGGCUGUAAGUAUUUCCUUGUAUAAUUUUCUUUUUGAAUGCUGUUCCUUCUUAGUGCUGGGACAGCAGUUCUGGGCACUCAGUGUUUAUACUUUGAGUGCAAAUAAACAAAAUUUUUUUUUUUUUUUGUUAUUCCUAAAGCAAAGGAUUCUGAUUCCACCCAACUUCUGAGGCUUUACAGGCCACAGGUGCUGUGUGAGCUGGUGGCUGUCACCCAGCUGGCCUUAGUUUAUAAUUCUUGUUCUUUUCUUUCACUCCAUGGUUUUAGGGAGUGAUCCUCAGACAAACACACUUUGUUUGUGCCAACUCUGCCUCCCAGUUCUCACAUCUCAGCAGGGCCAUUGGAUGAGAAAAAAUUAUUUAUAAUUCAAGUUAAACUUGGGAGCUUUUCAAAAAUAAAGGGGUGAGCAUCCCCCUGUCUUACCCACCCAGUGAUAACCAGAAUAUCUCUGCUCCCCUCUGAGUUUUGGGGUUUUUGACUCCCAAAGUGUUUUCUUUGCACUGAUUGCCACUUUACAGGUUGGGGGGUACCUGAAAAUCCCUCUCAUGGUGCUUGUCCUCGCUGUGGGGUGACACUGGUAGUCCUCAAGCUCUGUGUUCUCGUUGAUUUUUGUUGUCUGAGGUGUUUUUUUUUUUGUUUGGAGAAAACAAAUCAAGCUGUGGUAGCAGCUGCAGGGUCCUUCACCAGCGUGACACCAAGUCAAGACACUUUUCAGCACUUGGGAAAGAUUUUUUUUUUUUUUUUUCAUGUUUUUCUUUUAAAAACUGUAAAAUAUAUUUUAUGGAGAAUUUAUAAUGAGGAAAAUUAUUGUGUAAUUUAUUAAGUUCAUGACUGUUUUUGAAAUAAAAUCUUGAAUUUC